AAGACUGAAUGGAAAGUAAGGGAAAAAUCGUAAACCUCGCCUUUUUCUCGAUGUCCCGAACAUGGUCUGACACUGCGUCUGACCGUCGGGAUUAUCCGAUCCUUCUCACAUUCCGGUCAGUUUUAAGUCAGCUGUUCUCAAUCACGGAAUGAGCGCCCCGCCUGGACGAAAACUCAACACCUGCAAAAGUAGGUGUGGCUAUAGAAGUUGUAGACCGCGUACCUCAACGACGGCUAGGUCUACACCGUUUACACCAUGUGUUUAUAACAGUUUAUAACGUAUUCCUUCCACCAUAGCCAGUGGUGACUUCUGAUUAGUAACCAAUCGAUCGUUUAUCUCCAACAAAAACGUGUCGACAAGACUUCUUGAGCGAUUGUUUAUACGUGAAUUGUUAACGCUGUUCGAAAAUUAACCUUAUUUAUAAUGCGUGUAUCCCACAAUGAGACACUGAUUGUACGCAAAAAAAUAUGGCCUAGAAGCCUGAGUGAUUUUGGUUCGAUGACAUUCAUUUUAAUAAUAGUGCCUCUGAUAUACUGGUUUGAACUUUGGAUCGUUUUACCGGAACUCUACGAGUUUGGAACGUUUAUGUAUUUUUUCCAUUUUUUCAUAGGAAAUUAUAUGAUGUUCAAUAUAGUGGCUAACUUUACAUUUACCGUACUCUGUGACACAAGUACAAGGAGACAAAUAAUACCAGUUAACGCAGCUACAAUCCGAGACGGUUGGAGAUUAUGCAGUUCUUGCGAGGCACUUUCACCGCCUCGUUCCUGGCAUUGCCCUACCUGCGAUACCUGCAUUCUCAAACGUGAUCACCACUGUAUAUUUACCGGCUGUUGCGUGGGCCAUUACAACCAUAGAUAUUUUCUAAUGUUCGUUUUUUAUCUAUUCGCCGCAACUGCAUACGCAUUUAUAUUCAAUAAUAUUUUCAUUUGGAGCAAAAUACAAUUUGAAUUUCCUAUGUCAAUUAUAAAGGUCGUUUUUCCACUGGCAAUAUUUGUCUUUGGCUUCGACGGUUCUAUCGAACAAUUUUAUUUGCUAUUGUAUAUUGUAUCUGUCGUCGGAAUGUUAUUCACAGGUGUUUUAUGUGUCUACCACUUUCAUCUUAUAUUUCAAGGACUGGUUUGCAACGAGAAGAACAAAAAAGACUAUUCCUAUAACUUAGGGUUUAAACAAAACAUUAUUGAAGUCUUUGGCCACAAGUGGUAUUUUGCUUUGUUCAAUCCAUACGUUGAGUCGAUACUCCCUCAUGAUGGUAUCACUUGGGACACCGCAUUGUCAUGGAAGGAAAAUAGCGAGAAAAUGAGAUAAAAUUGUUUUGUCAUGGCAGUGGUUUGGUUCUUCAAUAUAUUUCACAACUCCAAGAACAAAUUAUUAUUAUUUGUGAAAGUUGUUGAAAAAUUAUAUCAUCUGGUCAUUGUUUGUUGAAAGAAAACUGUAAAUUGAUGUAA